AUGACAUUGAGACUUCAUCAUCCUUCUCUUCCAGCCCCAGUUGUCCAUGCAACAUUUUCUGUUACACAGUCCAAAUCUCAUGUUCUGGCCGGUGUUCAAGACGCGUAUUGGAGCGAUGACGAAGCCGAAGACGCCGAGUGUCCUCUUUGCCUAGAGGAAAUGGACAUCUCUGAUCUCAACUUCAAGCCAUGCAUAUGUGGUUACCAAAUCUGUCGCUUUUGUUGGCACCAUAUCAAGGAAAACCUGAACAAACGUUGUCCUGCUUGCCGUAGAGUCUACACAGACGACGCAGUCGAGUUCAAGCCAAUUGCUACUCAAGAUCACAAACGCCUUACUCAACAAAAGAAGCAGCGGGACCGCGAAAGGAAGGAACUUGAAGCUCUAGGAAGGCGCCAACUUGCAAAUUUACGUGUCGUUCAACGAAAUGUCGUCUACGUUCUCGGGAUUGGUCCUAGAUUUGCGAAAGAGGAGCUCAUUCCGACCCUUCGUUCGAAUGAUUACUUUGGACAAUACGGCAAGAUAACGAAAAUUCUACUGGUAAAGCGGACGUCUUCCGGAGGUACUGGCCCUGUCGUUGGUCUUUACAUAACCUACCAUCGACGCGAGGAUGCAGCACGCGCCAUCGCCGCUGUCGAUGGAACUUCUUCUCCUGGCGGUGGCAGGGAUAUAAUGAGAGCCAGUUAUGGGACGACGAAAUAUUGUAUGGCUUUCCUCCGGGCCGGGCUUCCUAGAGCAGCUGCAUGGGCACAGAAAGGGUCUACCAGUACAGGCACGAAUUCACAAAUUGGUGGCACACAUGGGUCCACCGUUACCACAUCCAUGUUAUCACGACAGGGCAGGCGCGGUGGAGUCUCACGCCAAGCGAGAAAUGUUUCGACUACCCCGGCGGCAACAAAUGAGAGCCGCGUGUACAGCACUCGAACCCACCAAGAGCGAAAACUCACUACAACAGCUUCUCAAGCUUCCUCUCGUCCUUCUACUCCCUCCCUCCCAGCUCCUCAGACCGCUGAAGCUGUUGAUGUCAAGGUUACACAGCAGAAAAAGGAAACUAUUCCCAAAAUUGAACCCGCAAAUUCGCCAGCGCCAUCCGCUACCACAGAAUCUGAUACUGGCUCUGGGCUGCAGGACCUUGCCCCCUCGUCUCCUCAUACUUCUAUAGAUGGGGCCCAGUUCGUGGCGCAUACGCCAUCAAACUUGCCAUCAGUACCACCUGGGCUUUCAGCGCCACCCGGCAUACUCUCACCUAGUCGACCUCCUCGAACAUCAACAGCAUCUCCUCAAACGCCCCUCCUUGCGUCUCAAUCUUCCUAUCAGAUGUCGACUGCAGCGCGAGCUUUGCUGGAUGAUGUUAAGGCCAGGCGAGAAUCAUUAUUGCCUUCGACCUCUAGUAUCAGUCCCUUUCCUGAUUUUGAUCGUACACUGCAAACCCUCAGCGGCGAGGAUGGCGGGGGGUUCAGUUUUAAUCUUGACCCGAAAUUGGCUGAAGUCGCAAACAAUGUGGACUCAUUGCCAAAUUUUGACAUUGAUCCAACUAUUCCUUUUCAUGGGUCUUACGUGGAUGCUUUCCCUGCCCUCCGGCAGGCCUCGCAAUUUCCCAACCCACCUGGUCCACCUUUCGUCCAUCCUGCCAACCGCUCCAUUUAUGACGCCGCUGUUGGUAGAACUCCACCCCUUGAAAAACAGAGAGGUCCAAAUUAUCUAGGUUCAUUCAACCCAUUUGCUGAAUUGAACGAGGAAUCAUCCAGCUUGGCGUUCUCAAACCGCUUAUCACAGUAUUCACCUCUAGACGAAGAUCGCAAAGUUUCGCGUUUCGGGUUUGCUCGUGGGCGUCAAAGUUCCACCGCAGCUUCCUCACCGCUCCAUGCUUCCUCUCCCCUGAGCAUCAAUAAUAACGAUACUCACUCUCACUAUAAUUCUUCGGAAAUGUUCGUAUCCGCUGCACACGGACACCACGAGUACGACAACCCCCAACCUAAUUCGACACUAGGCUCUCCUCUUGUGCAGCAAUCUUUCUCGCAGCAGAAACCUCGCUUCCAGCCUUUUGAGGCCGAGCUCAGCGAAGCUCAACUUCGAGACUUCAUUCAAUCCAGUCGUGAUCGUGAAUUACAUAGGAUUUCGCAUGAACAACACCCACUACCCUAUAAACCCGGCCAGUCUUUCAGUGAUCCUGCCAUUAUGUCAGCCAGCUUUGUUUCGUCUGGGCAAGAACAGGCUUAUCACCAUUACGGUCCACCACCUGGCCUCUCGUUUCCUCAAGCCACGUCGAGCGGAACCGGUCCGCAUUCCAAUGGUACAGUACCCUUGGAAGGCCACAAUCCAUCAUCUGUGCGGAAAAUCUACUAUCAGCAUUGAUAAUUCGGUCAACUCUCUCCUUUUCGAUAAUACGGACUCGCGACACUCAGACAUCAAGACAUAAAGCAUCCGUCUUCUCACGACUUCUCCCUCCCCUUGCCUUGGUAUGGUCUCCACGUCUAACAUGACGCUGAUGUGUCCUUCAUCUUCUUUGCUACAAUGGUUUAGUCCCUACAACAUCUUCCCCGGUCCCACCUACGUUACUGUCGGAUAAUGACUUUCCCGCCCUCUCGAUUCUCCCCGAUGCUGGUUCCCCAGAGGAACAGCAAGACCAUGCGCCCGGUUUGCCGAACGCAGUCCAGGCGAAGGCGGAUCGUAAGGCUGCCAAGAGAGCUGCUGCCACAGAGAGAGCUUUGGAAAGGCAGAGGCAAGCUCAAGAGACGAGGGCCGCUAAAAAGGCCAAGGUGGCUCGCGGAAAAUCAACGGAGAAAGAGGCGGUGGCUUCCCAGACACAGGCUGAGGAGGAAGGCAAGCAAGUUGCUCAGGCCGCGGUCAAAGAUGAGAAAUCCGUUGUGAGGGAACAUAUCGAUAGACAAUGUCUGGUCAUUGCAGGUGCAGCGAUCCCGACUGGAGAAAAUAUCUCUGAUGGAGCAAAGGGUCUGCGGCCAAAAACCAAUCUUAAUGAGACUCCGAAAUCCGAUAAGCGCACGA